AUGCCCACGCUCCCGACCCUCCUCCACUUAUUCCACUGCCUGCACCUCCCCACCACCCUCCUCCUCUCCCUGCAGACGCUCCUCCCCGCCGCCUACACGCAUCUCAUCCCCCCCUUCGUGGCGUCAUCCCUGCAGUUCUGGUCGGACUUGUCCGGCGACCCGUUCCUGGUGCCCGUCGAGCAGCAGGUCGGGUGGGUGAAGACCGUGCUGGUGACCGAAUGUGUCGUCGUCGCGCCGUAUCUGAUUUGGGCGGUGAUGAAGGGAAAAGACGCUCUCGCCUGGCGCACCCCGACGUCUGCCACCACCUCCAGCACCUCGACCUACACCGCACACCCCCUGACCCUCGUGUACCUCUCCCACUCGGCGACCACCUCGCUCCUGCUGACCGCCGACCUUUUGCUCAACCCGGCGCACGCGUUCAAGGCCGGCCAGCGGUGGAUGGCUGUGGGCGCUUAUGCGCCGUUUGUGGUAGUGCCGGUGGCUUUUAUUGUUGCUUUGAGUAGAGGCGCGGGGAGGGAGCGGAGGGAGGGGAAGGUUAAGAGGGUGUAG